AUGAUAAGCAAUACUAUUUCAAUUAAUUCAUCAUUUAAGUGUAACAUCUACUAUCACUCUCCCCUCUAAUGCAUACAAAGCACUAGUCUAGUUAAAUGUAAAAUAAUUAUAUAAUUUAAAGGCAAAUAUGAAAUUUAAGAAAAUAUAUGUUUGGAGACAGAAUAAAGAAAUUUGGGUUGCUCAUCUAAUUUAAAUGAAGAAGCUUGUAUUUUUUAAUUAACAGACUAAUGGGGAAAUGAUGUUAAUUGUAGAUAUAUAAAUAUAUAUAAUUUUUUAGGUAUUUUUCUAUAGAGAUGUCAAACUAUAAAUCAAGUGCAACUCUAAAAGUUUAAUUGUUCUGAUAAAUUAAACAAAUUGGCUUGCAUGAAUUUAUAAUAAAAAGAAUGUGUUUGGGUUAAUAAAUGUUUAAAUAUAAAUGAAGAUUCUAAAAUAAAGACAUCUUCAGAAUGUUAGAUUUACAAUUUACCUGUUACUCCUUAUACAUGUUAAUAAUUUCAAUAUGGUUUAUGUAUAAUAAGAUUAGUAUAUAGGUAUGAGUAAUGGAAAAGAUGGAGACUUUAGAUGUGUUGAAGUGAGAUUAGACUAAUUAUAAUCAAUAUCUUGUAAUUAAUAAGGAUUGAAUGAAAAAGCUUGUAUUGCUAUUAAAACAUUAGAUCAGAAAUGUAAAAGUUAAAUAAAUUAUCUUAGGCAUUUUUGAAAAUAAACGAUGUCAAUCUAUUGAAUCAUUUUAAAUCAUAUCAUGCGAUCAGAAAUUGAAUAUAAAUGCCUGUCUCUUUUCAAAGUAACUUAGUCGAUAGAAAUGUGAAUGGUUUGAAUCUUCUUGUAGAAUAUUUUAAGAAUAAAAUUAUAAAUGCAUCACUAAAAAAAUAGUGAACUCGUUUGUUUGUUAAAAUUCAUAGGGAUUAUGUAUGUAUGAUGAAAAACAAAAAAGUUGUUAAAUUAUAUAGCAAAAUAAAAUAAAUUAGUUACAUUGUAAUACAAUUGGAUUAUCUAGAGAAGGUUGUUUACAAAUAAAAAAUGAAAAUUGUUCUUUUUAUGGAGGAAUAUGUUAAGAACUUAAUGAAUAAGAUCUUAAAAGUUAUUUAUGUAAUAUGGAUUUAAAUGAAAAAGCAUGUAUUAAUUUAGAAACUGAAUUUUAAUAUUGUUAAUGGAAUGGAAUUAAAUGUGAAAGAAUAUUUAUUAAUUAAGAUAUAGAUUGUCCUAUGAAUUUUGUAAAUAAAUCAAUUAAAGUUAAUGGAAAUGUAUGUUAAGCUAUAUCUAAACCUGAUAUUUUAUGUAAAUAUAAUUAAAAAACAAAUUUGUGUGUUUCAAGUUUAAUUAAUGAUGAAUGUAAUACUUCAUUUAUUAAUUUACUUGGUUGUCUUAGUAUUUAAAAUAAUAAAUAAGCAUGUUAAUGGAUUUAAAAUUAAUGUAAAUAAAUCAAAAUUGAUAUUAUAAAAACAACAACUUGUGAAAAUUUAGGAUAUGCAAAUCCUUAUGCUUGUUCUUAAGUAUAUUAAAAUGAUUCAAUUGGUUGUUUUUAUGAUAAAAUUUCAUAAAAAUGUAAAUCAAUUAAUGUUGAUUUAAAUCAUAAUUCAAUAAAAAUAUUUUUAAAUACAAUUACAUGUAAAGAUUAAUCAUUAGGAAUUAAUAAAGUUUUAUGUGCUUCAAUUACUACUGAAUUAACUCCAUGUAGAUGGCAUUAAUAAUAAUGCAUUUAUAUAAAUUAAAAAGGAGAUAUAGCAAAUGUUCCAUGUAUACAUUUAUAAUAUGCUAAUUACUAAACUUGUUCUUUAGUAUAGUAUAAUAAUGAACCUUGUUUAUUUUUUGAAAAUGCCAAAGGAUGCAUUAAUUAAAUUGAUUCAUAAACUAAUUGUGAAACAAAAGGAUUAAAUUAUAUUGGUUGUUAAUUAAUUAAUAAAAAUUGUUAUUUCGAUAAAAUCAUGUGCAUUAUAAAGUAAGAUAUUGAUUUUAUAAUUGAAAAUAAUGAUAAUGAUACAAAAGUCAAUGAUUAUUAAAUCAUAUAGUUUAAUUACAAUAAUAAUUUAAAGUGCAAUUCAAGAUAUUUAACCAAAAUUACUUGCUCUUAAAUUAUAACUAUAGGAGAAAAGUGUAUUUGGUCAUUUAAUUUAAAUUCUUGCAUCGAAGCAUCAAUUAAAUCCAAUGAUAAUUGUCUUGCUUAUUCAGGUACAAAUAUUAUUAUAAAUCCUAAUGUCUGUGCAUCAAUUCGUAUGGAUAUUCCAGAAUUUUGUGCUUUUGAUGCAAUAAAAAAAAAUUGUAAAAUUUAAUAUUACAAUUGUACAACAAAAUGUUGUACAGAAUACUAUAUGAUUGGAAUAAAUGCACAUUCAUGUAGUAGAUAUUCAAGCAAAGAGGAAGGAAUUUAUUGUUAUUUUCAUGAUUCUAGAUGUCAAGAAUUAAAAGCUGAUAUUGUUGAUAUAUCUAAUUAAGAUUUAGUUAAAUAAUACUAUAAUGAUUUGAAAUUACCUUGCACAUCCAUGAAUAUCAAUUCUUGUCAUAUGAUUAAUUGGUCAACUUCUUAACUUUGUUAUUAUAAUGGAUAAACCUGUAAUAAUCUCAAUUAAUAAUUUUUUCCAAAUUUAAAAAUUUUUACUGAAUAUCCUUCAAAGUUAAAUGAAUUUGCUUGUUUAGCUAUUGAAGCUACAUUAUCAUCUCAAAAUCAAAUGAAAUAUUUUUCUUAUAAUUCUUAAACUUAAAGAUGUAAAGAACUUAUACUUGAUUCAGAAUAUCCAUUUCUUAAUUGUGAAGAUGCAAUAGGAAAUAAAAACUUAUGUACAAGAUAUACUGGAAAUAAAUUUUGUAAAUGGGAUCCAGAAACAUUAAAAUGUGUUACAAUGACUUUGGAUGAAAUUGCUGAAAUUUAAUAUUGCAAUUCUAAUUUAAAUAUCAAGACUUGUGUAGAAAACAAAAUUUUAAAUUGUUAUUUUUCUUAUGAAAAUGAUAAAUGUGUAUAAGCUUCAGAAGAUAUAGAUUGUGAUUAAUUUAAUUAAAAAGGUAAAGUAAGUUAUUCAGUAUGUAAAUAUAUAAAUAAAAGUGGUUAAAAGUGCGUUUAUUCUGAAGAUUUGAAAAUUUGCAUUAAAUCAGAAAAAGAAUAUGAAGAUGUAAAUUGCAAUUGUGAUAUAUCAAUUUCUAGUGGGAAUAAUAGAGUUUGUUAUAAUAGUACAUGUGGUUAUUGUAGAUGGGAUUCAAAUAAUUUUAUUUGUUAUUAAAAUGAGACUGAUACUACAGAAUUAUUAUGUAAUGACAAUUUAAAUAAAAUAUUAUGUUAAUUAGUAAAAAAAGAAGCAUGUAUAUGGAAUGAUAUUGAAUAUUAAUGUUAAGUAUUUACUCCAAAAACAUCAGAAUAAUUUGAGAUUUUAAAUAUAAAUGCAUCAUAUCCUUAUAAUGAAAAAGUUUGUUUAUUGAUUUCAGAAGCUGGAUAUUAUUUUGAUAGAGAAUUAAAAAAAUGUAUUAAAUUAAGUGAUAAUACAAAUUAGUUAAGAUGUGAUCAAUUUUAAAUGAAUUAAUAUGCUUGUCUAUAUUUAACAAGGGGUCAUUAUUGUUUUUAUGAUAGCAAUGAAUAAAUUCCUAAUAAUUUUUGCAAAUUCUUCGAAGAUGAAUAAUCCAUAUGUAAUACUUCAAAUUUGAUCAAUAUUGAAGUAUGUAUGAAUUUACCUGUUUCAUGUCUUUUUAAUGGAAGCACUCUUUAAUGUGAAUCAUUUUAAGUAUAAUAAACUCAUACUUACUGGCAAUUAUUUGAUUAUUCUAAAAAUAAAAAACAUCAUAAUAAAAUUGCUUGUGCAUCUGUGGGAUCAGCAUAAACAGAAUUCUUAAAUGAAAAUUUAUGUACUCAAUAAGAGGGAAAAUUUUAACAAUGUAAUUUUGAAAAAUAUGGUUUUUGGAAAGAAUAUACAUGUUAAGUCUAUCAAUUUUUAUUUUAAAAUGUGGAUUGUGGGAUUUAAUAAAACUAAUAAGAUUUAAUAUGCUAAAAUAUGGAAAAUUAGAAUGAUUGCCCUGAUUAAGACCUCUUAGAAAUUUUGCCUGAAUAUGAAAAAUUUGAUCCAGAAAUAAACAUUUCAAUAGAAUGGAGCUCAAUUAAUUUAACAUGUAGAAAAUAAAAAAUUAAUUAUUAUUCGGAAUAAUCAUUUAUUAUAGAAAUAAAAUAUUUUCCAAAAUUUAUGGUAUUCUUAUGAAAAAAAACGAGAUCAGUAUUACUAAAUUAUAAAAGUUCUAUAUUAUCUCUCUAGGACUUAAGGAAUUUAAUUUUUUAAUUUUUUAAUAAAAAGAUUCUAAAAGCUAGAAUUAAAUGAGAAAAAAUGAGCAGUAAGUAAUUGGUUUACUUGAGACUCAUUUCUUUGAAGGAUAUAUAAAUCCAAUAAGAUAUCUUUAGAGAAUUUAUCUACAAGGAAAAAUUAAUCAAAAGAUAGACACAGGAGCGAAAAAGCUUUGCUAUAGCUUUAAGGAAAAUAGAAUCCUUGUUUACUAUUAUUAAUUUCAAAGAGAAUACUUGAAAAGAUUGUAUUAUGAAUAAAUGUACGAAUUAACGUUGGAUAAUAGAAUCUACCUAAUGGAUCAAUUUGUUCUAAGGAAUCCAGAGAUCAUUAAUAAACGGGAACAAUUGUAGAAUUAAAUUGAACUACUAAAAUAAAAUUGAAUGAUCUUGAAAAUGA